AUGACUAGCAAAGUUCCACCACUGAAAAUUGAAGAUAAAUUGACAUUGUCAAGGGCAUAUACUGUAUAUGUCUAUAUCUUUUCAUCCACUUCUUGUUUAAGUUGGAAUGAAGAUGCUAAUGGAGAUAAGGCUUGGUAUAUGCACCAAGCUUAUUCUCGAUACUGGCGACAUUAUCACCAAGCAAUGUUAUGGCAAAAAAAGCAUAAACAGGCUUAUAGCAAAGCAGUUCAGAGCAUUGGCUGUUUUCAUUUUAGCUCAUCAACAAUGAACACUCAUCGCUAUUCUGACUGGAAUGAGGACGACUAUUCUGCUUAUUCUUACUGCUUUGGCUCUGGCAAAGAAAAAAAUUGGACCUAUCAUUCAAAAUUUAGGAAAGGGGAAGAUGGCAGAGUGCUGAAUGUAGAAGACCAAGAAUCAGAAACUGAUGAAGAGUCAGAAACUGAUAGCGAAAUUGAGUGUGAUGUCACCAACAUGGAAAUAACGGAAGAACUACGCCAAUAUUUUGCCCAAACAGAGAAACACAGAAAAGAGCUUAAGGAACAGCAGCAGCUGGAAGCAGAGCAGCACAGCUCAUACAUGCCAGCAGAUCAUGGUCUGCAUUCCAUAUCUGGUCGAAGUGCAAAACCACCUCUAGAAAAACCUGGUGAGAGACGGGUAGCGGAAAUGAAGAAACUUUAUGGGGAAGACGCUGCCAAAAUCCAGGGCAUGGAAACAGCCAUGCAGCUCACCUUUGACAGGAACUGUGACAAGAAACAGCCAAAAUACUGGCCAGUGAUCCCACUUAAACUGUAAAAGUGAGUUUGUGGGCUUUUUUUUUCUUUCUUUUUUUUUUUUCUUUUUGAGCACUUCGUUUUUCUUUCUUGCUUCAUUUUUCCCCCAACAUUCAUCUUGACACACUCAGUUGGAUUAGAUACUUUAGUGGUUGCCCAGUGUUUUUAUGGGAUAUCAUGUUAGCAGUUUUAUACCCACAAUUCAUAGUUUAGCUUAGGUGCAUUGGUAUUAUAACUGAUCAUAAAUUUCCUAUGGUACUUUAGUUAUUGUUCUAGCAGAAUUGAAGCCUGUAACCUGUAAGUCUAUUAAAACAUAUAUGUAAGCAUUUUCAAUUGGCUUCUUUUAAUAUGCAUUUAAAUUUACUACCAGUUGUGAUGGUCAUUUACAUGCUGUUUUGAUUUCUUUGGCAUUGUAUAUUGUCACCAAGCCAAGUGGUUAUUGAUUCAAAUAAAAGUGUAAAAUCAA